GAGGACCUAGGCCGAGGCUCCCACUUCUCAGCAUAUUUGCUCUUAUUCCUCACAUUUAAUGGCCGAUAACCGUAUUUAUAUUCUCUUGGCCUCUGAGUCUGAACAUCAACGCAGAUUCGCUCACUGUUGGUAAAUCUAUAUAAGCAUUUCAAUUCUCUCUUAGUUUUCUUGCAAUAGUUGUAUCAUCUAUCGGAAAACCCUAGCUAAUUCCACUCGAUUCCCAAGGAUGGCCGGUGGCUCCCACCCCAAAUCCUCCUUUGAUAAGCCUUCCUCCUCCUCCUCUGCUUCCCACCGCAAAUCCCGUUGGGAAUCCUCCGCUGCCACCACCAAUAAUCCGUCGGCGGACUCCAAAUCCAACGACCAUAAACCAUCUAAACCUGCUGCUAAUUCAAAGCCUUCGCCUAAGCCCAAUACAGGCCCUUCUCCAAAGCCCACUUCCACUGCUCCUCCGACUGACCCUGUUUCCGCUCUGCCGGGACCCUCAUUCCCUUUGCCAGACAUUGGCCCGCCUCCCCCUCCCACCUAUGGCUUUCACAUGCUGGAGCGUUGCACCAUUGUACUCGCCGACGGCAGCGUCCGCUCUUAUUUCGCUCUCCCUCCUGAUUACCAGGACUUUCCCCCUCGUCCACCUCUACCCCCGCGGUUCCUUCCCAUGGGUCUUACCCCUGACUUCCCUGGUGCUGUCAAUGGUCCCCGCUUCCCUCCAAUGAGCCCUGAAGGAUUAGGGUUCCGCGAUAGUAAUCUCCACAACCCUUCUAUGAAGAGGAAGUAUGGGAGCGGUGAGGAUGAAUUCAGGUUUGGGAAUAAACCCAACGGGCUUUAUCCAGGGCCUGAUAAUCGCGGUGAAUUUUUGGCGGGGACUAGCAGCCCUUUUAGGAGAAAUUUAGGAGAUGAAGCCAGAGCAGGAAAAUAUAUGAGGAUUGCAGGUGAUAGCGUAGGCAUUGUCAAUAAGCAUCUUGAAGUGGACCAGAAUAAACUAAAGAAGGCUUUUUUGCAUUUCACUAAGGUGAUUAAUGAGACUGAGGCGGAGAGAAAACGUUACCUGGACGACGGGAAGCAGGGCCGCCUUCAAUGUGUGGCGUGUGGCAGGUCUUCAAAAGACUUCCCAGAUAUGCAUGCUCUUAUAAUGCACGCAUACAACUCAGAUAAUGCUGACUUGCAUGUGGAUCACUUGGGCUUGCACAAAGCUCUCUGUGUUUUAAUGGGAUGGAACUACUCAAAGCCCCCUGAUAAUGCAAAGGCCUAUCAGUUCUUGCCUGCUGAUGAAGCAGCAGCAAACCAAGAUGAUAUGAUUAUGUGGCCCCCUAUGGUGAUAAUUCAUAACACGGUUACAGGAAAGGGUAAAGAUGGGCGCAUGGAGGGUUUGGGAAACAAAGCAAUGGAUAGCAGAAUAAGAGAUCUUGGAUUUACUGGUGGCAAGUCAAAGUCCUUGUAUGGAAGAGAUGGUCAUCUGGGCAUAACAAUUAUAAAAUUUAGUGGCGAUCAUUUGGGCCUGAAGGAGGCUUUCCGGCUGGCAGAACACUUUGAGAAGGAAAAUCAUGGGCGUAAGGCUUGGGGACGCAUACAGCCCAUCACGUUAGGCAAGGAUGAUGAGAAAAAUCCAAACCUUGUUAAGGUAGAACGUAGCGGGGAGAAAAAGAGGAUUUUAUAUGGCUAUCUUGGAACAGCUUCUGAUCUCCACAAGGUUGAUUUUGAAACGAAGAAGAAGGUUUCUAUUGAGAGUCAGAGGGAAUACAGAACUUCCAAGUAGAUUCUAGAUAACAUAUGAGGUUGAUUACUAGCUGUACUUUUAACUGGAGGAGGUGAGCACUGAGCAGGCUUUUGUACUGGUGGUGCUAUUUAUUAGAUGAUGUACCGACUUUAUGGUAUAUAAGAAUUUACAGCUUGAGGUCACAAUUGUAAGAUUUUUUUUCCUUGGGUUAUCGUCUGAGCAUUGCAUUGAUAUAGUUUGUCGUUAUUUGUUCAAACUGUACAUUAGCCAGAAUUAGUGUGCAUCCCACUAUGCCUUUUUAUGAUAGCUGGCACAAUGGUACAUGUACUUUGUAGAACGCAUGAGGAAAAUGAAAGGACUAGUUGUGAAAAGGGUUUCGCAUGCUAGCUUGCUGAAA